AUGCCUCUCGUCGUUCCCCGACCUAAUAACAGGAUUAUCCUCGGUCUCAUGACCUUUGGACCAGACCAGGAGACUGGCGCCCGCAUCACUGAUGUUGGCGAGUUUGGCAAAGUGCUUGACUACUUUCAGUCGCGCGGUUACAGCGAGGUCGACACUGCGCGCAUGUACGUGGGCAAGAAGCAGGAAGCCUUCACGCGCGAGGCCGGGUGGAAAGAGCGCGGCCUGACGCUCGCCACCAAGGUCAUCUAUCCUUCCGAGCCCGCCGGCAAUGCCCCCGAAAAGGUCAUCGAGUCUGUAGAGACCAGCUUGAAGGACCUGGGCACAGAUACCCUUGAUAUCCUCUACCUUCACGCGGCUGAUCGCGAGACACCAUUUGCGCAAACGCUCGAAGCCAUCGACAAGUUGCACAAGGCGGGGAAAUUUGUUACCUUUGCGCUUAGCAAUUUUACUUCUUUCGAGGUGGCCGAGAUUGUGUUGACAUGCAAAUACAACAACUGGGUGCGGCCAACGCUGUACCAGGGCAUGUACAACUGCAUCACACGUGGUAUUGAGACGGAGUUGGUCCACGCCUGCCGACGCUACGGCCUCGACAUCGUCGUUUACAACCCCGUCGCCGGCGGUCUCCUGACCGGUCGUAUUAAGUCGGCGUCCGACAUCCCGACAGAGGGUCGCUUCUCCAAUGUCAACGGCCGCACGGGCGAAAUGUACCGUAAGAGGUACUUCCGCGACAGCACUUUCAAGGCCUUGCAGACGAUUGAGGCGGCUGCCACAAAGAAUGGCCUGACCCUCACGGAGACGGCUCUGCGCUGGUUGGUGCACCACUCGGCCCUCCGCAUCACCGACGGCAACGAUGGCAUCCUCAUCGGCGCGUCUAGCUUGCAGCAGCUCGAGAACAACCUGAACGACUUGGAAAAGGGCCCGUUGCCCGAGGAGGUGGUGGAGGCGACCAACCAGGCGUGGGCGAUUGUGCAGUCGGACGCGGUGCCUUACUACCAUAAAGAGCUCAAGUACAGUUACAACACGCGCGAGGUGCUCUUUGGAGCCAACAGCAAAUAG